CCUCUGUCAUUCUAAAGUAUUUGGGAUCCCUGCAUAGGUUCAGUCUUUCUUAAUAAAAUUUAAUUCCAAUGCUAUUUAUAUAUCUGUACUGAGCACCUUUUUAAAUGCUGAACUCUUAGAAGUAGCUUCUUCCACUAUGUGUUCAAUUCAAAUUGAGUCAUGACUACUAUGUGUUCAUACAACGACUUCUUCUACUAGCAACUAGAGGAAUGCUGUCAAAAGAUGUAUCUCAGAUUUUAGUAGAGAUCAGCAAUUUUUUUCGAAAAAUUUGUUCUCGAACUCUCUAUCUAGAUGAGCUGGAAAUGCAAGAAAACAAUAUUAUUUUAAUACUAUGCAAACUUGAGAAAAUUUUUCCUCCAAAUUUCUUUGAUGUAAUGGUCCAUUUAAUGGUCCAUUUACCCACUGAAUCCAAGAUUGCUGGACCAGCCCAAUACCGGUGGAUGUUUCCAUUUGAGAGAAAAAUGGGUCAAUACAAAGGCUAUGUGAAUAAUAGGGCACGACCUGAAGGCUGUAUAGCUGAGCGCUACUUGGAUGAUGAAUGUCUUACAUUCAUUUCCAGGUAUUUGCAUGAUGUUCCGACCAGGUUUAAUCAAACGGAACGAAAUAUGGAGAAACACGAAGCUGCUAGAAAAUUAUCUAUAUUUUCUAGCUUGGCUCGGCUCUUUGAGGCAGCACUGAUUGGUUAUCUAAGUGAGGUUGAAUUGCAAAGAAUACAUCUGUUCAUCUUGAAAAAUUGUGAAGAAGUAGAUGAUUACAUGAGGGAGCAUAGACAAAUUCUUGAAAAGCAAAAUUUAUCGAGCGUACAGCAAAGGCUAGACUCGGAGUUUCCAAAGUGGUUUGAAGAACGUGUCAUGUAUACACAUGCACGUGGAGAAUGUACUGAUGAAUUGUUGUCCUUGGCUAGAGGACCUGAUUUUCGAGUCAAUACAUUUGCUGGCUGUAAUGUGAAUGGAUUUAGAUUCCACAUUAAGGCUCGGGAAAGAGAAAGAAAGACACAAAAUAGUGGAGUUAUGGUAAAGGGGGAGCAUGCUGAUAAAGAAACAUACUUCUAUGGUAUAAUUACUGAUAUAGUUGAGGUUGAAUACUCAUUUACUCAAAAUCGAGUAGUUGUGUUUAAAUGUGAUUGGUGGGACUUGAGAAAUAAUUCGGGAAUCAAAGUAGACAAGCAGAGCAAUAUCACUAGCAUCAACAUGUCAAAAACAUGGUACUCAGACCAGCCUUUUAUAUUAGCAUCCCAAGCUGAACAAGUUUUCUAUCUUCAAGAUAUGAAGCUUGGAGGUAAUUGGCAUGUUGUAGAGUUAGUUAGUCCACGCUCAUCUUAUGAUGUUCCUGAGAAGCAUGAAGAUGAUUUGGUUGAUAACGAAGAGGCUUACCAAGAAGAGUAUCAUGAAGAUUUGAUUGGUGUACAAGAAAAUCUUGAGUUGGUCAGUUUGAAGAGAGGAGAUGUGCAAACUGAAGAAAGGAUAGAGGCCGGUGCUAUGUUUUUUAUAGAAUUGUCAGCUAGCCGUGCAAGGCAAUUGGAUGACAAUUUUAUUGAUAAUGAUGAGGAAAUUGAGCAACAAUUCAAUUCUGAGGAUGAAAAUGAACAAUUUGUACAAAUCGAUGACUAUGAAUCAGAUUAA